AGGUGGGCGGGUCAGCCGUUGGUCAUCUGCGACAACGUCACAUCCGGAAUUUAGAUUUAUAAAACAUGCGCACUGGCGUCACUGGAGAGUCUAAAACGGGGCGUAGCCACUCCAGUGCAUUUAUAGAUCUAGUGUUUCCCCAACGCUUCAGCUCAUAUGACAGUUUUUUCUGAAAAGCAGCAACCCAUUUGUUGUUUUGCCGGCAGAGAUGAAGACACAAAUAAUAUGAAGCGUAUUAUGUUCCGUCUUCUUUUACACCCAGGCUGCUUUAACCAAGUGUUUUUGGUUUAAAAUCUUCACGAGAUUCCAGUUCAGUAAAGCGACAAACUCACUCUGAGCUUCCUCCCUGCAGUGUUUCCAGUCCGAGCAUCAGUAACUUUUCAGGUUUUGUGGACACCAUGAUUCAGUGACAUCAUUCCACCGAUCCUAAUAUUUGUGUCAUGCCGCGACCACAUGGCCUCUCCAUUAACUCAGCUCCUUCGGACAAGAGCGAGGACAGCGAGCCUCUCAUCGAGAAUGAUGAAGUCCCGCCUGUGUGCUGCUCGGCUCGCCUCAACCUGGCCUUCCUGAUGUUCCUCGGGUUCACCGUCGUCUACGGCCUCCGUGUCAACCUCAGCGUGGCCAUGGUAGCCAUGGUGAAUAACACCGACUCCAAACCAGCACAGAACCAUUCCGUUAUCUACGCCUGUCCGCUGCCGCCAGGGUCCGAAAACAGCAGUGACACUUUCCAACAACCUGAUGGGGUCCCCCAGUACCCGUGGGACUCUGAGACUCAGGGCUGGCUACUGGGAGCUUUCUUCUUCGGCUACCUGUGCACACAGAUCCCGGGGGGCUACCUGUCGGGUCACUACGGGGGGACUAUCUUCAUGGGUCUGGGUGUGCUGGGCACCGCCGUCCUCACGCUGCUCACCCCUCUUGCGGCUCAGAUGGGGUCCUACUGGCUGUUUGCACUGCGAGCGCUGGAGGGCUUCGGCGAGGGCGUAACGUUCCCCGCCAUGAUGUCCAUGUGGGCUCGGUGGGCUCCUCCUCUGGAGCGAUCCCGUCUGAUGACCCUGUCGGGGUCUGGGGGCAACUUUGGAGCCUUCGUGUCUCUGCCGCUCACCGGCUUCAUCUGCCAAACCUUAGGCUGGCCCGCCGUCUUCUACUUCUGUGGGGGUGCUGGUUGCCUCUGGGCAGUCUUUUGGUUUAUUUUUGUAUACGAUGACCCUCGCACCCAUCGCCGAAUCAGCAAAGAGGAGAGAGAUUACAUCAUAAAGUCCAUCGGGUCUCAGGGUACAGGUCAUGGCUGGUCCGUGCCCCUGCUGCCCAUGCUGCUGUCGGCCCCGCUGUGGGCCAUCAUCGUCACCCAGAUGUGUUCAAACUGGUCCUACUACACCCUGCUCACCUCCCUGCCCACCUACAUGAACAACAUCAUGCACUUUGACCUCAAAUCGAAUGGUUUCCUCUCCGCUCUGCCGUACCUUGGUGCCUGGUUGUGCUCGACGCUGUCGGGGGUCGUAGCGGACAGUCUGAUCGAGAGGAAGGUGUUCAGCGUCACCACUGUACGCAAGCUCUUCACACUCUCAGGUCUGCUGCCAGCUGCAGCUCUCCUCGUGGCUGUGAGCUACGCCGGCUGCAGCCACAUCCUCACCAUCACCUGCCUCACCCUCUCCUCCACCAUCGGAGGAAUCACCGCCUCCGGAGUCUUCAUCAACCAAAUAGACAUCGCUCCACGGUACGCAGGAUUCCUUCUGGGAAUCACCAACACAUUCGGGACCAUUCCUGGAAUCGUGGCACCCAUCGCUACAGGAUACUUCACUGAAGACCACACUCUGGCCGGCUGGAGGAAAGUGUUCUGGGUGGCGGCUGGGAUCAACGUCGGCGGCGCUCUCAUCUACGCCAUGUUGGGCAGCGGAAAGAUCCAGCCGUGGGCCAACACGGAGGAGGAGAGAGAUGAGGCAGAGAGGGACCGGAGCAGGUCCAUCACCACAUAAAACAUAAACAUACACACCAAUUCAUCCAAACAAACAAGUAAAGACAGCUGGGUAUAUUUUUACCCAUACAGGAAGCUCUAAAUUCUAGAAUAUAUGCAGUAUUUACACUUAUAAUAUCAAGAGUAUGAGAUUUACCUCCAAUAUCAUCAGCCAGCGUAGCAUCACAUUCAUAUCAGUGGACCAGGACAAUUUGAUCAAGAAUAAUUUUAAUGUUUUUAUGAAUAAUAUUUAAAAGUUUAUACUCAGGUGAAUUUUUGAACCAAUUUGUAUAGUAUGUCAGCAGAGACAUGAAGGACUACAGAACAGUGUUACACAUUGUAAUCUAAUUUUUACGCACAUUUUUAAAGUAGGAUUUUAAAUGAAGGAAAAAAAAUCCUCUGCUGGACGUUUACUGCCACUACUCUUUGUCUUUUUACUGUUCUGCAGAAGGUCACAGGAGCAUCAUUUAAAGGAAUAGUUGGGAUUUUUAUUUUAAAAUUAGGUUGUAUGAGGUAUUAUCCACAGUCAGUGUGUUACUUGCAGUGGAUGGUGGUCGGCACGCCCCCAGUUUAAAGGAAAGAACAGCACUGAAGCUAAACAAUGUACUGCUGUGGACGGGUGCAGCAGAUAAUGUAAAUAAUAAUACAAUAAUAACUUUAUUUAUAUAGCACCUUUUAAAAACAGCAGUUUACAAAGUGCUCUGACAGAGAGCAGUUAAUUACAAAGACAAUGAUGCCAUGAGGCUAAAAACAAUUCUUACAUUAAAAGACAGAGCAGCAACAAUCACAAGACAUUCUCAGAUACACAGAAAACAAAAGUAAAAGGAAGAAAAAACAAAAUGAGGAAAAAGUAAAAGAGAAGUAGUAAAAUGGAAAGCAUUACAUAAAAGUAAUAAAAAGACUGUAAAAGUGAGUUUUAAGAAGUGAAGAAGUUACUGACUCUGCGUGCCUUAUCUCCAGAUAAAUAUGUGCUAGCCACCUAAAAAAAACCUAAUAAUUUAAGUGUACACUAUAUUUAGAUUAUUUUACUGCUUUAUCUUGCUGUCAGACAGCCCUGUUUAAGUGUACUCAAAACCUCUUCUCAAAGCCACCAGACUCCAUUGAGAAAAACAGUAAUACUACAUAGAAACACACAGAAGUUGCUGUUCUAUCGCUGCCUCGAUUGGUUUGUGUGUUUGUGUAAUUGUGGAAGUUUGGUGAACCCGAACUAACCCUUUAAAACUCUACAGUCACACAAUAACACAAAUUAACUGAUUGAGGCAGAGAUAGAUCAGCAACUCCAACAAUGUAAAGCUGUGUAAAUAUUCUAAAUAUAUUAUACACCUAAACAAAUGUUGAUUUUUUUUGGGGGGGGGGGCUGGCUAAAAUACAUUUAGCAGCAGUACAUUUCUUAGCUUCUGUCUCAGAACUCCUGUCUGCUUCUCCAAUCUGGCAGCCUGUCGACCGUACCUCAUACAACCACACUCAAAAAGAUCCAAACGAUCCCUUUAAGCUACAACUCUUUCUAUUAGACCAAUAUUUACAUUAUAACCAACAAUAUUUACAUUAAAUAUUACAUAGGCGAUACAACAUAUCAUGUUGGACCAUAAGAAAUUAAUCUGUGUGAAUUUUUUUGUAUAUUUUAAAGUUUUUCUUGAACUGUGAACAACAUUGGGACCGAUUGUUUUAUGAACGUGGUUAUUGAAGUGUUAAUAACCACUUUAACUGAAGCUGCUUUGUUUACAAUUCUCUGACCACUUCUGGACUGUCCAUCAGGACCAGAAUAAGCACUUUUCUCAUACAAAAACACACAAAAGGCCUUAUUUUUCACAGUGACAAUAUUUUACAAAGUAAUCUUUCUGGGAGAUGUUUUUCUCUUUCUUUUUAGUUUCAUGCAGAAAACCAAAGCACCUUCUACUGCCAGGAUAUUCAUAUUUUUUGAGUAAAAGUGCCAUAAACGUUUAUGAAUUAUGUGGAUUUGCAGUGUUUUUAAAAACGUUUUCUGUUUCUUAAACUAUAAUAAUAAUUCUCUUUAUAGCAAAUCUUUUUCUUUGACUCUUGCUGUAUGUCAAACUGCACUGUGAUUGUAAGAUAUGAUGUUUUUUUUAAACGGAUGCAAUAAUUUAUGUGCUUUUGAAAAUUUGUAAGUUUGUACAAAUGUGUUUAAUAUGUUAUACUUUGUAUUUAAUUGUGAAAAAAUCAAGUUUGUUUGUUACUGCAAAAGAAAACUAAAAUGUGUGGCAUCUGA